AAAACGAAUUCUUCUAUAACUAGGUCGUUUUUAAUUCAACCACCAAGAGGAACGGAUCAUCAUGUUGAUGAACGUUUUGAUUUUUGUCUUGACUUUCGUAUUUGGAGUUGAAGGUCUUUGUUUCUAUCCUUGUCGAAGACAGGAGGUUGGGAAAUAUAUCAAACUUAACGAUCCGGGAAGGAAUAGUGUUUUACAUUUCAACUGCAAACAUCCUACUUUGGUUUUUCCUGAAAUUGGCGUAACGAUGGAGUGUUUUGCACGGAAUGGACCGUUUAAAGUUCAACGUUUGCAAGGACAUGGAUUAAUGUUUAGAUGUCUGAAAGAGAUGGCUAUUGAUCCAUCAGGUCAAACUGUAGUUCUGUAUUUAAAACCCUUUAGAACUUAUUUCAAGACCCCUACAUUAUGUGAAGUGUGUGGUGCUCCAGACCGCUGGUCAUUAGCUCUGUUUGCAGCCCAAGGCGUUUCAAAACAAAGAGCACUAAGAGUAAAAGUCCCACCUAUAGGUUGUAACGUCCCAAAGGAUUGUCAAAUCAAAAAUCCGUAUACUGAUUUGCCCUGCAAUGGAUGUGAACCAAAGGAGGAUGAUGGCCUAUGCUGUAGAGGAUGCAAAAUCCCACGCAAUCAACAUUAUGCAUAAAUAA